CAACAAUAUUACACUGUACAUUUAAAGCAAACCAAUAAUUGAAAAAAGAAAGAGACAUAGAACCAUAUCAUGGCCCACAUGGAUUUGCUGUAUUGCUUCAGUUUUCUGCUUGUUAGAGUAGCCUACUCUUCAGUGUUGUCAGAUUUGGUUUACUCUACAUCAGGCUGGUUUUAAUUAAAUUGUGAAAAUGUGCUUGGUUGGGUGGAGAGACUUUAAGUCGAAUUGAAAAAAGUUUGGGCAUUAUUCUAAACAUUUGUGUUAGGAAUUUGCAUUUCUUAAUUGUACAACUUAAAUAAGUUCUCAUACAAUGAAAUCAGCCAGAAUAUUGAUAGACUUGCAUUAUUUACUGCUGUUCGGAGGUGCCAUUGUAUAGUUCUGCUCAAUUAAAAUUAGUUUCCUGUUUCCUUAGACCUAACCACCACAUAUUUUGGUAAGUGCAACUUGCCUACUUGACCAGUGAAGUCGAUUUUUUUUUCUUAAAUUCGUCUUCCUCAAAGUACGUAAACAUCAUUUAAGACAUCAUUUACAGAAUGUUUGUGGCGAGUUACAAGUGUUAUUUAAAGCGCAUCAUGGCGCCUCUGGAAUGUUUGCGUUCGCUCAUUCAGCAGCCAAUCAGAUGAGGCCAGUCAAAACUCGCGCGCCCGCGCCGCUCUGCCUGACUGUAAACAAUGAACAACACACGAGCAAAUUCUCGAACAGCCAUGUCUGCGUCUAAAUUCACCUUGCUGUGUAAUUCGCAUAAAUGCCGUGCAAAGCUGAGUGGGUUCGCGUGGGUCACGGCCUGCUCUCACGUCUUCUGUGAUCAACACGGUUCAGAGGAGUUCGGCCGCUCUCCUGCCAUCUGCCCCGCCUGCUCCUCCAUGCUCUCGGGCAAACUGGACGUCUUCAGAACCGAGCUGGCACCAUCAGAGCAAUACAAGGCUAUGGUUUUGGUCGGACUACAGCCUGAAACGGUUUUGGAAAUCAGUCAUAAAGCGCUAGACUUUUGGACCUACCAGGUAAAUCAGGAGAGGAUGCUGAUGGAGUACAAUCUGUCCAGGGCUGGAGGACACGUGAUUCAGAUGGAGAAGUGUAUGAUCCAGCAGAGCCAGAGCAAAGAGCUGGAAUUAAAUGCAUUAAGAGGAGAGAUUGCAUCACUGAAAAAGGUGCUGGAGGAAUAUAAGCGGAAGCACAAUGAGGUUUUGGAGCGACUGAAUGAACGAAAUAGGCAAUAUCAGAAGCUGCAGGGACUUCUCGACUCACUACGGAUGCACACGCUGGGAACGGGAGAGAAAGAUCCCAUUUCCCAUCCUUUCACUACAGGUUUGGUUAAACAGCGCUCACCGCAUAGCAGUCCUUCAUUCCUGGAACCAGAAGGUGACAGGUUCUUCUCACUGGGACCAGAAAACGCUAAAACUUUCUUCCAGUUCAGCACACCCACCCGAGACAGAGCCCAAUCUUUUAUCAAGAAAAACUAAGUUUAACAUGAGUUUCACUACGAUGCUUGUUUCUUUCACUUCUGAAUUCUGAUUUCAGUUCUAACUGCCAAAUAUAGUCGUUCCAGUUUAGUUCUUUAUGUUCUUUCAAGUUGAUUAUUUAUUGAAAAAGCUGUUAUAUAGUUAAAAAGUGUUUUGCAGUAAUA